AUGGAGAUCGAUGCCUUGGCUGGCAAGGAGGGCAAGGGCAAAGGGAAGGGCGACAAAGGCUCUUCCAAAGGUGGCAAGGACAAAGGCAAGCGCUAUGACAAGCCCAAAGGAAAGGGUCCUGGCAACAAAGGUGGUGGCAAGGAUCAGCGUCAGGUGCGAGUUGCAGAAGUGAUUUUGGGUGACUUUUGCUUCAAGGAGUCUUUCAUCAUAGCACCCGUGAACAAUCCACUUUUGUGUCUGGGUAGGCUCUACAAGGCUGGUUUCGAAGUGCGCAGGAGGAACAAUCAGCUUGAGUUGGGUUGCGACGCUCACGGCGUGCCCGUGGACUAUAGGAGGAACAGCUUGGCAGUGCAAGGGUCCAUCAAGUUGUUAGAGCAAGACUCGCCGAGUAAGGAGGUUCGUGAUCAGCGGGUACAUGUUCGGGCCGUGACCUUGACGCCAGUGCUUUCAGAUGUGCCACGUGAUGGAUCUUUGGUGCAGAUCGGGACCAAAGUGUUCGCGAGGUGUGGGUACAGCACGACCUACAUCAACACCACAUUGCUUCCUUUUCGGGAACUCCCGUGGAGGAGAACGACGUUGCUCAAACGAGUUGGCAAAGAGUGGGAUCUGCUUGAGUUUUGUGAGGACAUCAGCCAAAUGGAGAAUUUCGAGGUUGCUUUGCCCAAUCCCCAGGACACUGAGUUGGUCUUGACCAUUGCCCAUGAUCAUGUUGUUGCUCCUGAAGAACUUGGCUUUGAUUAUCGGAGUGACUCACAGCCGCUGGCCCCGAGGUCUGAUGACGGUGUUCGUGAUGCAGCUGGAGGUGCUCUUGAUGAUCAAGACCUUCAGGACCUCGGUGAUGCGAAGGACAUCCCAGCCGCGCCAGAUGAAGCAGAGCCACCUGUAGAUGAUCGUCAUGUGCCUUUAGAUGAUAACGAGGUUGAGGUGGAUGGCGUCAGGUUGAGUAUGGCCUCGACGCUGAAGGCUUUGCGGGCGGCUUGUGGAACAUUAGGUGUAGCUACGAGGGGUAGUAAGAAGCAGUGCUUUGAGCGACUUCGGCGACACAUUCAGGAGCACGCGUUGAUUGCAGAGCAUGAGGCUGUUGCGGCAGCCGUUGGAGACUCAGAGAGGAAGCCAAAAGGAGUGCCCAAGCCGGGUGAGCCGACACCGCAGGAGAUCGCCGAUCACAUGAUCACACAUCAGCCCUACAGGGCCUGGUGUCCACAUUGCGUUGCCCAUCGAGGUCGACAGGACCAGCAUCAUGAUCUAGAUCAUGCGCACACUUCAGAGUCGGUGGUGAGCCUGGAUUUCGGGUUUUGUAAACGGCAGGAGACGGAGGAAAACCUUCUCACAGUGCUUGUGAUUCACGAUAGGCAGACGAAGGCCUUGCACGCGGUGCCCACUGUGAGUAAGGGAGGUCAGUCGUUGUCGCACUUAACCACUGAGCUUGUGCGUUUCCUAGCGUGGCUUGGGCAUCGCGAGUUGUGCUUCAAAUCGGACGGCGAGCCGGCGAUCAAGGCUGUGGUGAAGAGUGCCGAGAAGGCGUGCCGACAGCUCGGCAUCAAGACUAGAUGUGUGACCACUCCCGUGGAGGAUCACGAGGCCAACGGUGCAGUAGAGCAAGCAUGGCAAAGCAUCAGAGCCAACGCAGGGGUGCUGGUUGGACAAGUUGAAGAACGCUGCGGAGCCGAAGGCAAGGUGAUCUUUGGAAGCCAGCAUCCGUUCUACAUGUGGUGGUUCUUGGAUAUCUUCGAACAAGUGCGAAGGAGAUUGGUGGAACAGGACAGAUUCAACCUAGAUCGGUGUGGUGAAGUUACUUUGGCCCCUUGGGAGCAUGGGUUUGCGAGCUUGGGUGGCAGGCUGAUUGUGAACAAGAGGGUUGUGCUUCCGCAGGCCGUGGCCCCAGCACUGAACCCAAUGAGUCCGCGGGAUGAGCUUGGGAGUGACCCGCCUACUUCGGAGCGCGCGAGCGUCGAUGACCACUUGAAUGACUACGAGCCCAGCUUGCCAGGUGAUCCCGUGGAGGCGGGGACGGUCCAGGCCCCGUUGAUGAGUUCGAGACAGGCCAGUUCGAAGAGUGAUGAGUCCAUGUCAUUGCCGGGAAUGAGCGGAAGCUCCAGCUCUGGGUCCAGUGAGCUUGUGACUGAGGCGGCCAUGCAGGCUCGUUCCGAAGCAGCAGCCGCGGAAGUGGCAACGGGCUUGUCUGAGAACCCACGUGCAGUGAAGGCUCCCAGGGUGACGCAGCGAAUUUGCAGGGUUGAGAGUGCAGCCAUUUGCCAGGUCGGUGACCAGUGGUAUGAGCACAAGGAUGAAGAGGUUGACUGGGCCUUCACGUACAAGGACCUAGAUGAUCUUCAGGAUUAUGACGAGGGUUUUGAUGACGGCAGCCACGAGGAACUUGAUGCGGCCGAGAUCGAGUCCAAGCUUAUCUUCCCAAGGACUUCGGAGCACGAGCCGUGGCUGAGCCCCACGGAGUUGAGUGAACUUGACAGGUUGGCCGAUGAGUUUGAGUUGGCACGGCUUGGCGCCAUGAAGGUGCUGUUGCCGAUGGGUUCUGAGGAAGGGCCCGAGAAGCGUAGAGAAAAUCCAAAGAAGUUGUCAACAAAGAUGGUCAGGUCGUGGCACGAGAAGACCAUCGUGGAUCCCGAGACCAAGAAGCAGAAGCCGGUGUGGCUGAGGCGGUCACGUUAUGUGGCCAGGGAACACGCCUGGUUAAGUCCAGAGAGAGAGGGGCUGUAUAGCCCAGCAUCCAGCUCGGCGGCGACAAAGGUGUUGCCGGCGAUGUACACGUACCUGCAGGCUAGGGAUGGCGAUUGGGUACUAGGUUCCUUGGAUGUGUCCGAUGCCUUCCUCAUGGUGUUGCAGGAGGAAGCCACUGAAGUUUCAUAUGAGGUCCCGGGCACAAAGGAGAUUCGAAAGUUCAUGUUGGGUCGCCUCCUUCCAGGACAAAGAGACGGGACGGCCAAGUGGCACGCCAGGCUUUCUGAGUGCCUUCGUGAUGAGGUGAACGCUUCAUGCUGCAUUGCUUAUCCGAGUAUGUUUUCAUGCAACACUCCACAUGGUCCAGUGUAUUUGCAAACACAUGUUGAUGACAUCGAGUUCCUGGGAAAGCGUGCGGCAGUGAAGAGUGACUUCAAGCCGGCCAUGGAGAAACACUUUAAGGUGUCAUGCCAGAUGCUUGAGCAACCUGGUGAUGUUAUGAUGUUCCUGAAGCGCCAACAUGUUCUAGGAGAUGAUGGAUGCAGUGUUGUCAUCACACCACAUCCCAAGCAUGUGGAGCGGUUGCUGGAGAUUCUCGGGAUUGAGCCGUGCAUGUGCAAUAAGAAGUGUCCUUUGAUGCCAGGGUACACCGAGGUAGACGAGAGCACAGCGUUGGGAGCACCAGAGGCGAGCACAUAUCGGUCAUGCAUCGGCAUCCUACUGUACUUGAGCGGUGGUUUGGUGGAGUCCCAGAACGCCAUUAGGUUUCUUUCACAGAAGAUGAGCAGUCCUUCUCUUCGAGACAUGAAAAUGCUUCGCCAUUUGGCUAUGUACUUAGGGGGCACUGUUCACCAAGGCAUGUUGCUUACUGCACAAAGGGCUGGUGAAGGCUUGCUUGGUGAGCGCUACGCUUCGGAGUGGGCGUUGGAGGCCUUCUCCGAUUCAGAUUGGGCCUCACAGAAGGCCGAUCGGAAGAGCGUGUCAUCCGGGGUGAUAGCAAUCCAAGGUAAUGUCGUGUGCACCUCGGCCCGAACUCAACGCACCAUAGCGCUCAGCUCUGCUGAGGCUGAGUUGUAUGCAAGUGCAGGCGUUCUUUCCGAUAGUUUUCUCCUGAAGAACAUUUUGUGCUUUCUGCUUGAGCUUGAAAAGUUGCCUGUGCAUUUGUACAUGGAUUCGUCGAGUGGCAAACAAGUGUGGCAGAGAUCGGGCGUGGGGAGGAUCAGGCAUCUCUCCUGUCGCGUUUUGUGGGUUCAGCAAGCUGUGGCCCGAGGAGAUGUGGUAUAUCACCACAUUCGUGGGGAGCACAAUCCGAGCAACGUGAACACCAAACUUCUCACGAGGGUUCGCAUGCUGUUCUUGAUGUUCCUGUUAAAGGUCUACGACACAUGGAAGUAUGAGAGAGUUGGUGAGGAAGAGCAUGCAGCACACAUGGAAAAGAAGGCCAUCCAGCUUAUGAUUCGCAACUUGAA